ACCAGGCUCACGCUUCACCGCGGUCGCUCCUUUUUGUUUCUUUAUGGAACACCCCCCACGGCCACUCGCCCAUUCGUCCUUUCCGAAGCUUGCCCUUAGGCAUAGAUUCUCGGUGCCUGGACUCAAUCUGCCAGUCCUUCACGAUGAAUGCGUCCCAGAGAGCUCUCGCGAGGGCCGCGCGAGUGCGAUGCUCCGCGCGGAGACCGGCACUCGCCACCUCACGCCAGUGGGCUCGAAAUGCCGGCUCGACACCCGGCCAGGGCCCUCAGCGACGAGGAGGCAAGGCGGUGGGCUUUGCCGCCGUCUUUGCCGCCGCUGCCGCCGGCGCGUACUACUAUCCGAAGCUCACGUCCUCAGGCGCGGACCAUGAUGAUGAGCCCGCCAAGGCCGAGCUCGAGUUCGAAAAGCCCAGGAAGCAGCCCGUGUCCAAAGAAGACAACCGAGAUCUCAUCAGCUCGCAACAUCUCCAGGUGAAGAGUAGCUGGGAGCACCCGGGAGUCUACGCCUGGGGCUCCAACGUCGGCAAGGUCAUCGACCCCAACUCAAAUGAGAAAUACAUCAAGCUGCCACGGCGAAUUGCAUUCUUCAACGAUCAGCUUCUACGAGAUCUCAAGCUCACCCAGGACUUCGGUGCGGCCAUCACAGAGAACGGGGAUCUGGUGCAGUGGGGCUUGGGCUACUCCAGGGCAGAGCCGGCUCCCGAGGCCACGUUGAAGGGCAAGGAUCUGGUCAGGCUUGAGGUUUCGGCGGAUCGUGUCGUUGCCCUCUCGCGGAAUGGCUCCGUGUACUCCAUCCCGUCGUCACGCGAUGACCUGGAGACUGGCAUCAAGCCGGAGGAGCAGAAGAGCUCUUGGUCGUUAUGGAGUUCUGGGGGCAAGGAGAAGAUCAGCUUCAGAAGCCUGACACCUCAGGGCCUGAGCAGGGGCGAAAAGGUCACCGACAUCAGCAGCGGCCUAGAGCACUGCCUCAUGUUAACCUCCAAGGGGCGCGUCUUUGCCGCUGCUUCGAGCUCCAGUUCGUUCCCGUCAAAGGGCCAGAUGGGUAUACCAGGGCUCAGCUGGGAGACGCGGCCGCAGGGCCCGUACGAUCAGGCUCAUGAGAUAGCGACUCUCAGGGGCUUUCACGUCGACAAGAUUGCGACCGGCGAUCACCACUCCGUCGUUUUGGACAACAUCGGGAGGGUCUUCACUUUUGGCGAUAACACCUACGGGCAGCUCGGGAUCGCUACCGAGGGGGCGCUGCCGCAGAGCGCCGCUCCGACUAUUGUGGCCGUGAAUAGUCUGUACAACAGCAGCGGCCUAGUGCCCAAGGUGACGUCCAUCGCGGCUGGCGGCACCAACACCUUUUUCACCGUGGAUGCCGAGGCGCCGGCAAUGGAGAGGGAGACGCGAGGCUCCGCGCCGGCCCGGAGAAUGCCAGGGACCGUCUCAGACCUGUGGGCAUGCGGGCAAGGCGUGACCGGGACACUGGGAACGGGCAGGUGGACUCAUGUGUCCAUCGGGCCGACAAAGGUCAAGGCGCUUUCGUCGCUCUUCGAAUUCGACGAGAAGACGAACAAGAUGAUGCCCAUCAAGCUCAAGUCUCUCAACGUCGGCACGACACACUGCGCGGCAGUCAUGGACAACGUGACCGAGACCAACAUCUCGUAUCGCUCGACGGAGAACGAGACCAACUGGGGCGCCGACGUCAUGUUCUGGGGCGGCAACGAGCACUACCAGCUCGGAACCGGCAAGAGGACCAACAUGAACGCACCGACAUACAUCGGCCCUCUGGACGGAGGCGCCGCAGACUCGGGCAAGGGGCGCGUGGGCGAGAUGCAUAGGCUCUGCCUCACGCCUCGCUCGACGGCGCGCAUUGGCGAAGGCGGCAAGGGUCGCAAGGUGACUCUGGAGCAAAAGGUGGAAUGUGGCAAGUUUGUGACGGGCGUGUACUCUGCUGUGUGAGUUGAUUUGCCUCAUCUACGCCGACAAGCGCGGCUUGUGGCUGCUGCAUGGCAGGCGGCCCUGUACAAUAUUGGGUGUACGAGAUGUGCUACUUGGGAACGGAAAACGAAGGUGAACGGACAGCGUUCGCGAUGCUCCGGUUGUACGUAAGAGGGGUGGUUCGUGAGGGCGGCUGGGCGGGCUUCUGGCGAUACUCCCCUUGUUCUACCAAGAAGCAACACAAUCCAUGCUCUCUCAUCUGCCGUG